CUUUCGACAGCAUCCAGUGCGCGCCACCACCUGAGCCUGGCAAGAGCUGGGGCACACGCAGUCCUCAGCCUGCUUCUUUUCAUGUCUGGAGAGACUUGACUCAAAGCGGGUCUGUCCGACGCCCCCAUCCUACCCACUAACGGGAGAACUCUUCUACUUUAUUUUGUUUGAAAAAUCCGGGACAUCUCUUUAUUUAUUUCUGAGUCUCCCCGGAGGAGGCCGGGGGGGGGGGGAGGUCUGCUUGGCCCGCCGAGCCUGGGGAGGAGGAUGGCACUUAAGAGGAUGGGACUGGGUGUAGCCUGGAAUUCUCAGCCCUCCUGUUUUGAGCUGGCGCUCAGAAUCUCCAGGCGCUAGCGCCACUGUCACCGCCGCUCCCCACGCCAUCCCGUCGUUGGCUUCGGGGAUCGGGUGAGUGGGGUCAUGGCGAGACGCAGGGACCGCUCCCAGCCCCGCCCGUUCUGAGCCGGGACGCGGUAGUGUCGCGUGUCGCCCCCCAGGCCAGGAGAAGGCGGGGAGUGGGGAGGACGUCCCGGGUAGGGCGGGGUGGGGGCGGCUCAGAGGCCGCCAAGCUGGGGGGCUCUCCGGGCAGGGGCGGCCGCAGGCAGGAGGGCGUGUCUCCAGCCAGAGGGGACCCUCCCGAGGCGCGGCACGGGACUCCCCGAUGGUGGUGCCUCGGUUCCAGGAGAGCUCAGGGUCUUGCCUCCGCCGCCGCCGCCGCCGCCGCCGAGGGCGCCACCACCACCACCGCCGCCGCCGCCGCCGCCGUCGCCCGAGCCCGCGCCCAGCGAGCGCCUCGCCCUCCUCCUGCGCCCGCUCUGCUCUAGGAUGCUGCGGCAGGUUCUGCACAGGGGUUUGAGGACGUGUUUCUCCCGGCUUGGCCACUUCAUUGCCAGUCACCCGGUUUUCUUCGCUUCGGCGCCGGUGCUCAUCUCCAUCCUGCUAGGCGCCAGCUUCAGCCGCUACCAGGUCGAAGAGAGCGUGGAGCACCUGCUAGCGCCACAGCACAGCCUUGCCAAGAUCGAGCGCAACCUAGUCAACAGCCUCUUCCCGGUCAAUCGCUCCAAGCACCGGCUCUACUCGGACUUGCAGACCCCUGGGCGCUACGGCCGGGUCAUCGUCACCUCCUUUCAGAAAGCCAACAUGCUGGACCAGCAUCACACGGACCUGAUCUUAAAGUUGCAUACUGCUGUAACCAAGAUCCAGGUUCCAAGGCCUGGCUUUAAUUAUACAUUUGCCCACAUAUGUGUCCUGAACAAUGAUAAGACUUGCAUUGUGGAUGACAUAGUACACGUCCUAGAAGAGCUAAAGAAUGCUCGGGCCACCAAUCGGACCAAUUUUGCUAUCACAUAUCCGAUAACUCACUUAAAGGAUGGAAGGGCUGUCUAUAAUGGCCACCAACUUGGAGGUGUCACUGUACACAGCAAGGACCGGGUGAAAUCUGCGGAGGCCAUUCAGCUCACCUAUUAUCUACAGUCAAUCAACAGUCUCAAUGACAUGGUAGCUGAGAGGUGGGAGUCCAGUUUCUGCGACACUGUCAAACUAUUCCAGAAAUCCAACAGCAAAGUCAAAAUAUUCCCGUACACAUCCGCAUCACUGAGGGAAGAUUUCCAGAAGACCAGCCGUGUAUCAGAACGUUACCUGGUCACCAGUCUGAUCCUGGUAGUCACCAUGGCCAUCCUCUGCUGCUCUAUGCAGGACUGUGUCCGCAGCAAACCCUGGCUAGGCCUACUCGGGUUGGUGACCAUAAGCCUAGCCACUCUCACUGCAGCUGGAAUCAUCAAUCUUACUGGUGGGAAAUAUAAUUCCACCUUCCUGGGACUCCCUUUUGUUAUGCUAGGUCAUGGAUUAUACGGGACUUUUGAAAUGUUAUCCUCGUGGAGGAAAACUAGAGAGGACCAACAUGUUAAAGAGCGAACUGCAGAAGUCUAUGCAGACUCCAUGCUCUCCUUCUCUCUCACCACUGCCAUGUACUUGGUCACCUUUGGCAUAGGGGCCAGCCCUUUCACGAACAUUGAGGCAGCCAGGAUUUUCUGCUGCAAUUCCUGUAUUGCGAUCCUCUUCAACUACCUCUAUGUACUCUCAUUUUAUGGUUCCAGCCUUGUGUUCACUGGCUACAUAGAAAACAAUUACCAGCAUAGUAUAUUCUGUAGAAAAGUUCCAAAGCCUGAGGUAUUGCAGGAGAAGCCAGCAUGGUAUAGGUUUCUUCUGACAGCUAGAUUCAGUGAGGACACAGCUGAAGGUGAGGAAGCAAACACUUAUGAGAGUCACCUAUUGGUAUGUUUCCUCAAACGCUAUUACUGUGACUGGAUAACCAACACCUAUGUCAAGCCUUUUGUAGUCCUCUUUUACCUUAUUUAUAUUUCCUUUGCCUUAAUGGGCUAUCUGCAGGUCAGUGAAGGGUCAGACCUUCGUAACAUCGUAGCAACUGCAACACAAACCAUUGAGUAUACUACUGCCCAGCAAAAGUACUUCAACAACUACAGUCCUGUUAUCGGGUUUUACAUAUACGAGUCCAUAGAAUAUUGGAACUCUAGUGUCCAAGAAGACAUUCUAGAAUACACUAAAGGUUUUGUGCGGAUAUCCUGGUUUGAAAGCUAUUUAAAUUAUCUUCGGAAACUCAAUGUGUCCACUGACUUGCCUAAGAAAAAUUUCACAGACAUGUUGAGGAAUUCCUUCCUGAAAACUCCUCAAUUUUCACAUUUUCAAGAGGACAUCAUCUUCUCUAAAAAGUACAAUGAUGAGGUUGAUGUAGUGGCCUCUAGAAUGUUUUUGGUGGCCAAGACCAUGGAAACGAACAGAGAAGAACUCUAUGAUCUCUUGGAGACUCUGAGGAGGCUUUCUGUGACCUCCAAGGUAAAGUUUAUUGUCUUUAAUCCAUCUUUUGUGUACAUGGAUCGAUAUGCCUCCUCUCUGGGAGCCCCCCUGCACAACUCCUGCAUCAGUGCUUUGUUCCUGCUCUUCUUCUCGGCAUUCCUGGUGGCAAAUUCACUGAUUAAUGUCUGGAUCACUCUAACAGUUGUGUCUGUGGAAUUUGGAGUGAUAGGCUUCAUGACAUUAUGGAAAGUAAAACUGGACUGCAUUUCUGUGCUAUGCUUAAUUUAUGGAAUUAAUUACACAAUUGACAACUGUGCUCCACUGUUAUCCACAUUUGUUCUGGGCAAAGAAUUAACAAGAACUAAAUGGGUCAAAAAUGCCCUGGAAGUGCAUGGAGUAGCUAUUUUGCAGAGUUACCUCUGUUAUAUUGUUGGUCUAUUUCCUCUCGCAGCUGUGCCUUCAAAUCUGACCUGUACACUGUUCAGGUGCUUGUUUUUAAUAACAUUUGUCACCUUCUUUCACUGCUUUGCCAUUUUACCUGUGAUACUGACUUUCCUGCCACCCUCUAAGAAAAAAAGGAAAGAGAAGAAAAAUCCUGAAAACCGGGAGGAAAUUGAAUGCGUGGAAAUGGUGGAUAUUGAUAGCACUCGAGUGGUUGACCAAAUUACCACAGUGUGAUAGGAUCUGCUUCAUAUUUUCACCCUAGGUCUUACCAAGAACAAAAAGCUUGUGUUGAUGAAACAGUUAAAGUCAAAGAUGCUCCCAUUUGAAAAGAAUAACAAGCAGACACUGAAAAAAAGUAAAAGACAAGGAUAACAGGCAUCUUCAAAAGUUAUUAAAGCAAAUGGGUUGCUAUGAAAAAAAUACAUACACACACCACUUGUAAUAUUUUAAAUAAUAUCAAACAAAGGAAAGAUUAUUAUUAAUAAGCAGGAUCCCAUUUUACAUACACUGCACAUGUUACUGGUGUUGUAAUAAAAUGCAACUGAUUGCAAAGUCAGCUAUUAUAACAAAAAUAGCUUUAAGCAUUGUUCAAAAAACAAGGCUUUCUAAACAUUUUCAGAGCAGUAACUCUACUUAGGUUCUGUCAUUUGAGGUCUUUAUUGUCUCAUCUAGUACCUAAACACUGAAGGAGAUUCUGUGAAAGUUUUGAUCAGCAAGAGGAAGCCAGAACUUCUGAAGCAGAUGUGGUAGAUUGAACAUCAUCCACAAAUUGAAAUUGAGCCACCUCCAAAUUCACUUAGGUGAGCCAAGUUUUUUUUUUUUCUGUUGAAUGAACUUGUCAUAUUCCUCCACUGUUAUACCGUUAACACCUGUAUAUUUUAGUUAAUGCACCCAGAAAUCAAUGACAGCUCCAGCAGUACAAAAUUGGGGCAAUUCUAUUUUAGAGUAUCUUGUUACUUGUCAUCAAAUUGGCCUACUUUAUUAGUUACAGCUCUUGGCAGGGACCUCUGCAAAUCCACAGGGGCAAGCCCAAAUAUCUGGCAUGAUGGAGGAAAAGUAGGUGUCUAAUUGAACCUAUGAAAAGCCAGCUGGUACAGCUGUUUUUUGGUUUGGCCCUAUGUGCACUUUUGCAUUGAUGUCCAGAAACAACAUCUGCCCGUAUAUAUGAUGAAAUGAAAAUAAACACUAAAAUGUUUAUUUGCUAUUAGAUGAUUUCUACUUGAGUUAGUGAAGCAAAUGAAGAUCUUUGGUAAGUCUAAGACCUGGUGAUGAGAAACUUUAUAAAAGUGCUGGGAGAUAAAGGACUCAAAGGAAAAUAGGUGGAAUUUCCUGGAUAACAGUAAUAACCAGUACAAACCUAUCCAUAAUAGCAGCCAAGUUUAGUUUCCCCACUAAACUACCCAUACCUCACCUCCCUUAAAAUGUCUUUUUUUUCUAUUUUUUUUCAUCACAAGGCACUCUGUACAUUAACAUGCCCAGAUACGUAUACAGUUGAGCAGUUGCAUCUAAAAGGGCAAUGAUUCAUAGAUCUAAAGAAAGACAGUUUGAUCUGAAGGGGAAAUGUAUGUUACCCUCAGACCCCUGUAUUUCUUUAAAUCCAUAAAAAUGAAGCCAAACCCUGGAUUACGUUUAAGGCAAAUAGCUGCAAUGUCUUUCCUUUUUUAGAGAUACAGCUUUUUUAGCCAUCCACAGUAGUAAGCAUUUCCAAAAGACAUACUACCUUUCAAGACCUUAGCAGACAUAUUACAACAUUCCCUCUUCCUCAACAGAGGGGAAACAGGCCUUGAAGAAUGAAAUUACCCAGGUUGCACUACUAGAGAAGUUCCAUCAUUUCAGCAUGGCAGAGACAGAGCAGGCAACUGCAAAUUUUCCCAUAAGGCAGCUACUACCCCUUCCAAACACAUACAUAAGGUGAGAACAUAAGGCUUCAUUGGCCAUGAAACAAACAUUUUAUUUUUAUGUCUGAAAAAUAAAAACACUUUGGAAUUUAGGUUGGCUACUAUCCUUCUAAACAGCAAAAAUGCCCAAAUGAUUGUGAUGUAACCACACCAAAUGGUAAUCUGUGCUUUCGUUCUCAUGUGCUUUUAUCCACAAUGUUCUAACAAUUAUGGUGGAGAUUAUAGCUAGUGCAUCACACACUUGCUCAGUCUCCCUUGCAAACACACUAAGCAGUCAUACCAAUGUGUUAUUCACUGAACAAGAAGAUGAGGAGCUUUAAAAUCUAAAGACAAGUACAUUCUUCACAAAAAGGCAAGUGUGCAUACUAGAUGUUCAAUCAAGUCUCUCUUAUGGGCCUACAACUAGGCUAUUAUUUAUAAAAGACAACUGAAGAGGAAUUAUAUGCUGCUAAACCAUUUUCUGGACAGUGCAUUCUAAACCUGCUCUUGACUUAGUGUCAACCAUGUGAAACACCUCAGCAUAGUAAAUUCACAAAACUGACCUAACACAUGCACCGAUUAAAUGGAUUUUGUCGAGAAUUUAAUCAUCAGUUUGGUCAACCAGAUGACUUUCUAUGGAACUUUGUUUUAUGACAGGUAGUAGUUUUCCAACUUGAUUGAGUCUCUGUAUCUUGAGGUGUAUUUUUAAAUGGAGGACAUUUUCAAACAGUGUCUAUAGAAGACACUGUAGAAAUAUCUAAAAAAACAAGUCAUCAUAAAAUUUUGUUUUUGAAAUUGCUGAAAGGGAAGAAAUUAUCUCAGCAAAAAAGACUUCUUCAUUUAAUUAAUUCCAACCAAGACAUUAAUGUCCACUUUACCAAAGAAACACAUUUGGUUGGUUUUAAGUUAGUGUUUGGUGUCUGUUUACCAAAGAUAAUGUUCCAUUCAUCAAAACUAUUUAUCCUGGUCAACUAAAAUACUGUGAUAUUUAGGCCUUCAGAAGAAAAAUUUUUAAAAAGCCAAGGUAAGAGUAAUGCUAUUCUCUAAUAAGAAAGAUGAUAUUCUCUCAUUCAGUGGAAUUCAGCAGAUAUAAAUUUACAAGGGAUUUGGGGUUUAUAAAAAAGAAAAUAACUGAAAUUGGAUAUUAUUCAGACAUACAGUAACGUUCUAACAAGUACGAUGAUGCACAAGCAAAAAAGCGGAGUUUGUUCCAGAUAAAAUGUAAAAACAAACCUUCAUGAAAAUUUCUGUACAUUGUUCCUGCUAAUAACUCUGUGUGUGUGUAUGUGUGUGUGUGUGUGUGUGUUCAUUUUGGGUUGGGUUGAUUUGGGUUAUUUGAUUAAUGGGUUGGCUGGGUUUUAUUUUUAAUAGUGAAGGGGUUGUCUUCGUUUUGGUUUUGUUUAGUUUGUAGUUUUUGUUCAUGUGGCUUCUGCUUCUCUUACCACUUUCAACUCUAUAUUUUCAGUUAGAAAUGAGAUCAUUAGAGGCCUCCUACAUGGCCACAGUUUUUCAUGCAAUGUACUGCUCUGAAAGACCUUCAAGAAACUGUUUAUUUUAAAUAACCACUGCCCAACUGUCUGUGGCAUUCUAAGACUAUGACAUUACCUUCCUCCAGCCCCAGCAACAGAUCUUGGCUGUGUCCCUCAUCAGAACAGGUAAAAUGGAGAGUCGCCUUUGGGGUGUGGUAUGGUAUGAGGCAAAGCCUCUUGAAUACAAAUGGUAUCCUCAUCAUAAUGGCUUUAUUCCUUUGGAUCCUAUUAAAGUAUCCUUGCAGCUUGUACCUGUGCUUGAUCUCUGUGAAUCUCUGUUUCUUCUUCUGUACAAUGGGGAUAAUAACAGUAAAUAUCUUUAAAUUCAACAAAUUUUGAGUGCCUAAUAUUACCCGUACAUUGUUCUAAAGACUGGGAGCACACAAGCAAGCAAAUCAGAUAAAGCAUCAUCUUGCCUUGGAGACUCUUAAGCUUGAGUGAUGUUGUAAGCUGUCUGUGAGGACUGUGAUGGUGUUUGGGGCAAAAAGAGGGAACUCAAGACAUUAUUAUCUUUAAUUUGCCAAAUUCACACUAUAGAACUAGGACUCAGGAUAUAAACCUACAAAUUAUAUCUAUGCCCAAGAUUAGAUCUAUAUAAAAAUUCAAUGGGUGACCACAGAAGGCUGUUACUUCUUGGUCUUAUGAACUCACAUUAAAACUAGGCUGGGUUACCUACCAUGUGUUUGUAAUGCACUUACAAACCUGGAUUUUCAGGUUGGACUACAAGCUUUAAAAUUGGAUAUAGAUACUUGGUGAGGACCAGGAGAAUAUCACUUCUUACUCUUUAUUUCUGGUUGGUAUGAUGACAUUUGAACAUUCCUUUUGGAGUGAUUUGCUUUUAAGUAUGUACUAAAUGAAAAGCACCGUCUA